GAGAGGAGAGGAGAGGAGGAGAGAGACAGAGAGAGAUUGGAGGUGGGGAGAGAGGAGAGGAGGAGAGAGAGAGAAGAGGAGAGGAGGGGAGAGAGGAGAGGAGGAGAGGGAGAGAGAGAGAUUGGAGGUGGGGAGAGGGAGAGACUGACUUGGAGAGAGAAGGAGGGAAGGAGGGCUGAGAGCAAGGAGGAGCGAGUCGGGGGCGGAGACGAGGAAGUGGGUGCGAGGCGUGGGGCGCAGGCCGUGCGCGCCGCCCGCUCCAUCGCUGCCCGGAGCGCAGCCGGCGCGGGCGCGGGACCGAGGCGAGCCGGGUGCGGAGCCAGUGCCCGCAGCAGCUGCACCAGCUCCCAUUCUCCAGAGACCCCAGAGAGGGAGAUCCCCAGACCCUGACCCCAUCACGUGGAUGGGAGUAGGCACCAGCUAUGGAGAACAACACAGCUGUGUCUCCACGUGAUCCCUCCUGCAUGACACCAAAGCCACCUCCAGACACACACCCCAGUGCCUCAAUCUCUAUGCAGAACCUGGAGAGCAGAGACCUGCCUCAGACCCAGGAGGAAGUUAGCUCUUCAGGGGGACAUCUGAGGACUGGAGUUUGAACCACAAACCUGGCUUCAGGGCCUGCCUUUCCCUCUUUUUCAUUUAUGCUCAUGCCCAACACAUUAGAGGACACUGCUUUAUUUAUUUUUAGAGAAACAGCACUGGAUCAGUCAUUGGAGCCCCUGAAAUUUGGACACAUAUUUUGGCUCCUUUGGAAGCCUGGAGGACUCAGUGGUUGGCAUAAUUAACACAUCAGGAACUGGGAGAGAAGCGGCUGGGGUCCCCUGUCGGGGGUCAGAACUAUAGGGAUGGCGUGCAAUGGCACAGCUGCUUCCUUCUGCUUGGACUCUACCGCGUGCAAGAUCACCAUCAGCGUGGUCCUCAUGGUCCUCAUCCUCAUCACCAUUGCUGGCAAUGUGGUUGUCUGCCUGGCCGUGGGCCUGAACCGCCGGCUCCGCAAUUUGACCAACUGCUUCAUCGUGUCCUUGGCUAUCACUGACCUGCUCCUUGGCAUCCUGGUGCUGCCCUUCUCUGCCAUCUACCAGCUGUCCUGCCAGUGGAGCUUUGGCAAGAUCUUCUGCAACAUCUACACCAGCUUGGAUGUGAUGCUGUGCACGGCCUCCAUUCUCAACCUCUUCAUGAUCAGCCUGGACCGGUACUGUGCCGUCAUGGACCCACUGCGGUACCCCGUGCUGGUCACCCCCGUUCGGGUCGCUAUCUCUCUGGUCUUAAUUUGGGUCAUCUCCAUUACCCUGUCAUUCCUGUCUAUCCACCUGGGGUGGAAUAGCAGGAAUGAGGCCAGCAAGGUCAAUCAUACCAUCCCCAAGUGCAAAGUCCAGGUCAACGAAGUGUAUGGGUUGGUGGAUGGGCUGGUCACCUUCUAUCUGCCUCUGCUGAUCAUGUGUGUCACUUACUACCGCAUCUUCAAGGUGGCCCGGGAUCAGGCCAAGAGGAUCAAUCACAUCAGCUCCUGGAAGGCAGCCACCAUCAGGGAGCACAAAGCCACAGUGACACUGGCUGCCGUAAUGGGGGCCUUUAUCAUCUGCUGGUUCCCCUACUUCACCGUGUUUGUGUACCGUGGGCUGAAAGGGGAUGAUGCCAUCAAUGAGGUGUUUGAAGCCAUUGUUCUGUGGCUGGGCUAUGCCAACUCAGCCCUGAACCCCAUCCUGUAUGCUGCCCUGAACAGGGACUUCCGCACCGGGUACCAGCAGCUCUUCUGCUGCAGGCUGGCCAGCCGCAACUCCCACAAAACCUCUCUGAGGUCCAACAACUCUCAGCUGUCCAGGAGCCAAAGCCGAGAACCCAGGCAGCAGGAAGAGAAACCCCUGAAGCUCCAGGUGUGGAGUGGGACAGAAGCCACAGUCCCACAAGGAGCCACAGACAGGAAGCCAGCGCUGGCCUGCACCAUGUGCCCCAGCAACCUCCUGAGCUGCUGCAAGAGACUGUGGGGACUGAGGUUCCUUCAGAGACACACAGGAGGCCCCUUGGAGGAGCCUUCGGAGGAGCUGCUGUCCGAGCAGCCACUGAGGACACCACUCCAGGAAGUAAUGAGGACGCUACCCUCCAAGACUGUCUAGACCCAGCUCCAGGACACUGAAGAGACUGCUCCCAGUUCCCCAAAUGUGACUCCUGGAGACCCCAAAGUCACCAAGAACCACCCCCUGGCCUGAGUCUGCAGGCUCCCAGAACACACAGCUGGGCACCGGGGUCUUUGGGCCUAGGGAAGAGCAGCCUGUGCUGUGCUCAGCAUUCCCAGACAGGUGCUCGGAGCUCCUCUGGACCCGGUGGGCUGAAUCUCAUAGGAUCAAAGCUCAUGUUGGUGCUGGCCCCAGGAAUCAUGAGCAGAGAUGACGGGAAGGAUGGGGAUGUGCGCAUAUGUGUGUGCAUGGAUGUGUACGUGUAGGAAUAUGCAUGUCCCUGAGCAAGGCAGAGAGUAUCGCUAUAAAGCACUGACCUCUCACUCCCUCAGGGGUUCUGCAGGAGGAAGGAAAGGAAAGGAAAACACAGGGAAGGGAAAGGAAGCAAAGCCAGGGACUUUGCCUGCGUGAGCUCUUGUAAUCUUUAUAACAAAGUGUGCUUAUAGUAAGGAUCAGGAUCCACCUUUAAAGAGGUGGAAACUGAGGUUCAGAGAAGUAUAGGACCUGCCCAAGGCCACUCUACUAAAAAGAGUGCCUGGCACAUGGGAGGCACCAAAUAUAUAUAUAUAUAUUAAAUGGAUGAAAAGUAGGAUGAUGGUUGAAAAGCCAGGCGUUGGCCCAUGCUGCUGACACUACGCUACACUGCCUCUCAGGAGAGAGGGCAAACAAUCCCUCGACUCAGUCUGUCCUCCUCCAAGCAAGACUUAGACCCAAGGAGAUAGGGAGGAGCCAGCCCCUAGAGAUGCGGGUGUGGACAGGCUUCUGUCCAAAGGGCUCCACAGCAGCAUCUCUGUUGGCCAACCCCGCCCCCCCACCACCCAGUCUUCCUUGGUUUCCAAGAACCCUCCUGGUCUUCCCCCAUCUGUCUAUCCUAGCUUUUUCAUCCCUUUUGUAACUCGUGGUCCUCUACCUGGCCAUUUAAUGAGGCCAUUCCCCAAGGCUCCAUCCUCAGUCUUCCCUUCUUGCUGCAUUGUCUGCACAGCUGUGACCUCAGUUAGGAGAUACCAGGAGGUUGCUCACAGGUUUGUAGCUGCAGGCCAGGCUCCUUCAGGGAGGCUUAGACACAUUGCUACCUAUGCAACAGCUCCACCUGGAUGUUUCAUGCACAGCCACACUCAACCUCUCCCAGCCCUGCUGUGCCCCUGGGUUCCCCGGGCUUUCCCUUGCUCCUCGCAGUCAGCCCUCUCAGUGUCCUGGUCCCCACGGGUACCGCUGUCUUCUUGGUUCUCUCCAUCUGCCCUGGUUUCCCUUGAUCUGACUGCCAUUGUCUCCCUCACAACAGCUUCUGACACCUCUUCGGGCAUCUCCCUCACCCCUUCAUCCAGUCCAUUCUGCACUGGAAAGUCACAGUGGGCUGUGCCGAAUGCAAGCCCGAGUGUGCCACAUGCACAGAGAAGGCAGUCUUCAGUGUGGCCAGUGGGCCUCCUCCUGCACCAUGUCCCCAUCACUCCACUCGGCCCUUCUGACUCUUCCUUUUUGUGCAUUUAACUCGCUGUGUUCUGUCCAGCCGUCAGGCUGCACACAGUGCAGUUUCCACCACUUGAAAUGUUCUUAGCUGUGCUUUGGGCCAGUUAAAUCCAUGAGAUUUCAGCUCACAUGUCACUUCCUUGAGAAUAUCUUCCUUGACCCUCCAUACUAGGUCAGACCACUGCCAUACCCCUUCCAAACUUUCCUUAGAAGGCAUUGGUGUAGUUGUCAUGUGGCAGUCAUUGUGUGGCAUUCCUUGAAUUGUGUCUGUCUCCUACUCACAAGGCCGUGGGUCCUGCCUAUUUCUGUUGGCCAUUGUUUGUCUAGCCCCUAGAAGAGUGUUUGUCACAUAGUAGGAGUUUAAGAAAUGCCUAUUGGGUGAAUGAGCAGAGAAAGAGUGCGGACAGUGGACGAAGCAGAGCCUUUAAGCAUCUUAUCUGCUAAUAAACCGGAAGGCGUGAUUUGCCCUGGCGACUCCCAGAGAUGCUUAGUCUCUUAGCUGAAUUCUUUCCAGACUCCCUAGAAAUCUCUCCUUGGGAGUUUUCCCAGGAAUCUGAGGCAAGAGGGUCUCUCAGUCACAGCUACAUAGUUGGAGGCAUAAGACCUUGAGUGGAGACAAAGCAGCCUGGCUCAUCCCAGACCUGCUGGUCAGUACUUCAACCAAGGUGCCACACCCUGUCGCUGCAGAGGGCUCCUGCAACGGUGUCUCCAGGCUGCCGUUGCUCCCCCCGGGAGGCCUCCUAAAGACACUACUGGCUGCAGAAGUGGGGUGCAUACUGCUUGGUGGAGGAACAUCUGUGGUGGGACCCCGAAUCUAUGUUUGAGUUACCAUCCCGUUCCAAUAAAACU